AUGGCAUGGAACAGCUCAUCCCAACCUAAUCCCCAGAGAAGUAUCAUGUACCCUCCUACAGGCAGCCUCAUCAGCAUAGGGGUCCUCUGGCCUCUGUCGAGAGUAGAGGGCCAUGUAUCUCCUGGCCUUGUCAUCGUUGAGGAUUGGACUGGUGGCAUGGCCAUAGUGUUCAUUCCUGUGUAUAUGGGCGAUGAUGUUGGGUUCUCCAACUCCAUACCCUGCUCGAGGUCGGUUGUCAGGUACUGCUGUACCAUUGAAGGGGAGAUCCCUGAGUUUGACCUCCAAUACCCCAAUUUCCCCACUAUCCCUGGUCAGGCCAAUCCUAGCAUCACCACUGGAGAAACCUCAGGACCCAACACCUACACCUUGUGGGUCACUAAUAACAAGGAAUACCAAUCCCAUCCCCUCUACUUUGAGCUUGCAGACCAUCACAUGACCACCAAUGGGUACUCGCCGAAGAUCAGAGUCACCAGUUCGAUGCUCCAGAGUUUGAACAGCCUCUUGUUAGGCAAUCUAGAUAUCCUGAAACCUAUCAUUUUAAUGGGGAAGGGGAAGAUGAAGAAGGCACCCCCUACCCCUGUUCCUGGCUGGAACCCAGAGCAGCUAAUGAAGACAGCAUGGGAACUGGGAGUGAUGACAUGGCCAGAACUUCAGGAGUGGCAAGGGAGAUCACUGAUGAAUGAAGGGUCAUGGAUAACAUCUGAGGCAGCUAGACUAAUUGAGAAAGUAGGCAUAGAAUCAGAUAGCAGAGCAGAAAUCCAUAUGUGGUACCCAAAAUGGCCCACUUUUGAAGAAGAUGUACGAAUGCAAUUCCAAGAAGCAGCAGAGAUAGAGCUAAAGCAGCUCAAAUGGAAGAAGCUCCAGCAGUCAGAUUAUAAAACUGCCAUUGAGUUCUUUGCUGACUUUGAAGAGCUCACCAUAGAAGCAGAGAAGUACCACAAUGCCAAAGAAAUGGAAGAAGUUGUCAAGGCAGCAAUAUGA